AUGAACAUAACACCAUGGGAAGUAUCCGGUGGAGAAGAUGGUGCUAUAGAUUACAACAAGGUAAUAGAACAAUUUGGUUGCAAUGAAUUUACACCAGAGAUAGCACAGAAGUACAACCUAGAUCACAUUCUAUUCAAGCGUGGUAUAGUAUUUGCACACCGUGAUUUUACAAGUGCACUAGAGAAGAUCCAGUCAGGCUGCAAGACAAUCUACCUAUACACAGGGCGUGGACCCAGCAGUGGCAGCAUGCACCUAGGACACGCUGUCCCCUUCUUACUGUGCAAGUACUUACAGGAUAAAUUUAAGUGCAAGCUAGUCAUACAAAUGACAGACGACGAGAAGUUCAUAUGGAAAGACCUUUCCCUGGAGGAAACAAUAAAAUAUGGAAGAGAAAAUGCAAAAGACAUAGCUGCAUUUGGGUUUGACCCUUCCUUGACAUUUAUCUUCUCAAAUACGUUAUACGCGCAUAACUUCAUAAAAAACACUUUGACAAUAGAAAAGUCACUUACCUUGAAGGAUGUCCAGAAGGUCUUUGGGUUCACAGAUAAAUCGAAAAUUGGACAAGUAUCAUUUCCAGUGCGGCAGAUUGCCCCGUGCUAUGCGACUUCAUUUCCUUCAUACCUGCCGUCUGAUGGAAUUUGCAUAAUCCCGUGCUCCAUCGACCAAGACCCGUACUUUAGGCUAGCCAGAGACAUAGCCCACAAGAUGAAUGGAAUUAAGCCAAGCACAAUAUACACAUACUUCCUGCCUGCCUUGCAAGGGGCCCACACGAAGAUGAGUGCAAGUGCGCAGGAGACAUCGAUCUACUUGAGUGACACACCAGAGGCAAUCAAGAAAAAGAUAAAUAAGUAUGCAUUCUCUGGGGGCAGAGACACAUUAGAGGAGCACAGGCGCCUUGGAGGUAACCCAGAUGUGGAUGUGGCAUAUCAGUACAUGAAGUUCUUCAUGGAGGACACGCAGAAGCUGGAAGAAUUAAGGGCUGGCUACAUAAAGGGAGAAGUUCUUAGUGGAGAAAUGAAGGCUGCUUCAAUUCGGGUGAUCCAGGAAUUUGUGAAAGAAUUCCAAGAGAGAAGAAAGAAGAUCACAGAAGAAGUAUUAGAGGGAUUCUAUGUUCAAUAA